GAUUCCAAACUCCACCUCUUCCUCCUUAAGUAUAUAUAUCUCAAAAAAAAAAAGCUCCACUUAAGAACUCCACCUCUUCCUCCUUAACAACAAUCAAUCAUUCUCAAAAGUCUCCACAUUAAGAACUCAACCAAAAUGGCAGCCAACAACAAGCUCCACUUCCUUUUAAUUCCCCACAUAGGUCCUGGUCACACUAUUCCCAUGAUAGACAUGGCCAAACUGCUUUCAAAACAACCAAGCGUGAUGGUUACAAUAGCUACCACACCUCUUAAUGCCGCCCGUUACGCCCCCACUCUUGCCCGAUCCAUCAAACCCGUCCGGUUCCUUGAGCUCCCAUUUCCAACAGCUGAGGCUGGAUUGCCCGAAGGAUGUGAGAGCACAGAUAAAAUCCCUAGUUUAGAUUUAGUCCCAAACUUUUUAGCUGCCAUUGACAUGCUACAACAAAAGCUAGAAGAACGUUUUGGGACAUUAGAGCCUCGUCCGAGUUGUAUCAUAUCUGAUAAGUAUAUGUCAUGGACAGGUGAGUUUGCAGAUAAGCAUAGGAUACCAAGAAUCAUGUUUGAUGGAAUGAGUUGUUUUAAUGAAUUGUGUUACAAUAAUUUGUAUGUAUCGAAGGUGUAUGAUGGUUUGGGUGAAUCAGAACCAUUUGUUGUCCCCGGUUUGCCAGGUAGGAUCGAGCUGAGAAGGAAUCAGCUCCCACCUGAGUUUAACCCGAGCUCUAUUGACACAAGUGAGUUCCGUCAACGGGCUAGGGAUGCUGAGGUGAGGGCUUAUGGAGUCGUGAUUAAUAGUUUUGAAGAGUUGGAACAAGAAUAUGUUAAUGAGUAUAAGAAGUUAAGAGGGGGUAAAGUUUGGUGUAUCGGGCCAUUGUCACUAUGCAAUAGCGACAAUUUGGAUAAAUCUCAAAGAGGAAAUGUAGCCUCAAUCGAUGAAGAACAAUGUUUAAAGUGGCUCGAUUCUCAUGAACCCGACUCAGUUGUUUAUGCUUGUUUUGGUAGCCUUGUACGAGUAAACACCCCACAACUUAUUGAGCUUGCUUUAGGCCUAGAAGCAUCAAAUCGCCCGUUCAUUUGGGUGGUUAAAUCUGUUCAUAGAGAAAAGGAGGUCGAGGAAUGGCUAGCAAAUAGUGGUUUUGAAGAGAGGAUUAAAGAUAGAGGGUUAAUAAUCCGAGGUUGGGCCCCACAAGUGCUAAUCUUGUCUCACCCUUCGGUAGGAGGGUUCUUGACCCAUUGUGGUUGGAACUCGACUCUAGAAUCAGUGUGUGCUGGCGUUCCCAUGAUUACAUGGCCCCAGUUUGCAGAGCAGUUUGUUAACGAGAAGCUGAUAGUGCAAGUUCUGGGGAUUGGCGUUGGUGUUGGAGUUGAUUCUGUUGUACAUGUUGGCGAAGAAGAUAGGUCUGGAGUGAAAGUAAAAAGGGAGAGUGUUACGAAGGCUAUCGUGAAGGUUAUGGAUGACGGGAUUGAAGGAACUGAGAGACGGAACCGAGCAAAAGAUCUUGGAAAGAUAGCGAAUAACGCAAUAAAAGAGGGAGGAUCUUCAUACCUUAACUUGACACUGCUUAUUCAAGACAUAAUGCAUUAUGCAAAUGCUAAAAAAAUGGUUUUAGAAGAGUCACAAAAAUACAACCAACUUCACUUUCUUGUUAUACCCUUAGGAUCUCCGGGCCACUAUAUCCCCACCAUUGACAUAGCCAAGUUAUUGGCCCAACAUGGGGUUAAAGUUACCAUAGUUACGACCCCUGUCAACACCAUCAGAUUUGGAGCAAUCCUUGAUCUAGCAAUCCAAUCCGGUCUUCCCAUCAAUUUUCUUGAAUUCCCGUUCCCAUAUUCAGAGUUUGGCUUACCACAAGGCUGUGAAUGCUUAGAUGAUCUCCCUAAUUUCGAGAUGGUCACGGCACUCAUGAAUGCCUAUGCUUCACUACAAAAAGAAGUUGAUCAAUACAUAGAAAAGCUUAAUCAUAGGCCAGAUUGCAUAGUUUCUGAUACGUUUCUUUUAUGGCCAGGUGAAACAGCAAAAAAGUUUCAGAUUCCAAGGGUGGUAUUUGAUGGAAUGAACUGUUUCACGCAGAUGUGUAACCAUGUUUUAUACCUCUCAAAGGUGUAUGAAAGUGUGGGCGAGUCAGAAUCAUUUGUCUUGCCCGGUUUGCCUGAUCAUAUUGAACUAAAAAGAUCCCAACUCCCUUUUCAAUUUAAUCCGAGCUCUAGAGCAUAUAAUACUGAUUAUCAGGAAAAGCUUCGAGAAUCUGAAGCUGAAGCGUAUGGAGUCCUUAUUAACAGUUUUCAAGAGUUGGAACAAGGAUAUGCUGAUAAAUAUCAGAAAGUCAAAGGUGAUAAAGUUUGGUGCAUAGGCCCAUUAUCACUAUGUUAUAGCGAUGCAUCAGAGAAGGUGCAGAGAGGUAAGAAGUCAUCAAUUAGCAUAAACGUGUGUCUCAAUUGGCUAGAUUCUCAAGAAAAUGGCUCGGUGAUCUAUGUUUGUUUAGGAAGCGUCAGUCGUAUUGAGCCUGCACAGCUAGUUGAGUUGGCUUUAGCUUUAGAAUCAUCUCAAAAACCGUUCAUUUGGGUAGUUCGUGCAGGUCCAAAGACUGAGAAGAUAGAAAAUUGGAUAGUUGAAGAAGGGUUUGAAGAACGAACAAAAGAUAGAGCUCUAUUGAUCCACGGGUGGGCACCCCAACUUUUAGUGUUAUCACACCCUGCAAUCGGAGGGUUUUUAACGCACUGUGGAUGGAAUUCUACUCUGGAAGGGGUAUGUGCAGGUGUCCCAAUGGUAACAUGGCCUCAGUUUCAGGAGCAGUUCUACAAUGAAAAGUUAAUUGUUCAAGUGUUGGGGAUCGGAGUUUGUGUUGGCGCUCAGAAUGUUGUCCAUUUAGGUGAAGAGGAAAAGUCAGGAGUGGUGGUAAAGAGUGAGGAAUUUAAGAAGGCAAUAGAGGUUCUAAUGGAAGAAGGGAAAGAAGGUGAAGAGAGAAGAAAACGAGCUAAAGAACUUAGUAAGAUAGCAAAUAAAGCAUUAGAAGAGGGAGGAUCUUCCCACAAGAAUAUGACACGUCUGAUCGAAGAUAUCAGAAACCAAACCACUAUUAAGAGUUUAAGCUAAGAUUACUUUAAACUUGUAUGUUUGUCCUUUUGGUGUUCAAUGGUAUUAACUACAUUUAAGUUAAGCCACUUCCCCUAUAAGUCUUUUUGCUGGAAAAGGAACUCACACUUCUUUUAGGAACGAGUUUCAUAUCCAUGACCCGUUUCAAGGGACGUGUUUAGUGCUAUCUUCAUAAAGAUCAGGGGAGGAGGUUUAUGUAUGUGAUUGAGUCUAAAGAUGUUGUUUUCCUUGUCCAAUAUAUUCUUUCAUCUAAUGCAUUAUAAAAAAUUUUAUAUUA